AAAGAUUGGAUCGUUCUUUCACGUCAACGAAGUUACCCAAUCAGGAAAGAAUAUUAUCACAAUAUUACGCGAUCCGAAUUAUAUAUAUCACUAUUUAAAAGAUACCCAAUGAAAAUAAACGAAGUAUAAUAUUCUACUAUAUACGUAAAUACUUUACAGAACUGUCAAAUGUACAGAGGUUAUAAAUAAAUAAUCCAUCGGUGGUAUUCAAUUGAUUAAUUUUUCAUUUAUAUUAUAAGACUUAAUAAAAUUUCCUCGUGGUAUAUCAACGGAAUUAUGUAGUUACGAUGGUGGCAAAUACAGGAAGUGAUAUGACUGGAUCUAUUUAUCAUGAAAGACAAGUAAAAGAGCUUUGUGCUCUACAUGCAUUAAAUAAUUUAUUUCAAGAAAGGGGUUUUAAUAAGCAAGAAUUAGAUCAAAUUUGCUAUAGCUUAAGUCCUGCAAUGUGGAUUAAUCCUCACAAAUCUUUACUAGGACUUGGAAAUUACGACAUUAAUGUUAUUAUGGCUGCAUUACAACGAAGAGGCCGUGAAGCAGUUUGGUUUGAUAAACGCAAGGAUCCAAAGUGUCUUUGCCUUGACAAAAUUGAAGGUUUUAUAUUAAAUGUUCCAACAGAAUAUAAAUUGGGUUUUGUGUUACUCCCAUUGAAAAGGCGCCACUGGAUUGCCUUGAAAAAAAUUCAUGGUGCCUUUUAUAAUUUAGAUUCAAAGUUAGAUACACCACAACUUAUAGGAAAAGAUAAUGAAUUACUUAUAUAUCUAAAGGACCAAAUAGACAGUAAGGAAAAGGAAUUAUUUCUUGUUGUCUCUAAAGAAAUAGAUAGUAAUCAAGGAUGGUUAAUGGAGCCAUAUGAAAUUAAAGAAGAUAAUAAUACUGAUCAUGAUUCAAUCAGGUAUAUUGAAGAUGGUUAUCCAUCAGAUAUAGAUUUAAAAAAAUCAGAAUCUAAAGAAAUGAAUGAAAAUGAAGAAUUAAUAUGUAAUAAAAAUACUAGAUAAUUUUUACUCAACAUUAAAAAAUGUGAUAUUAUUAUGGAAUAUAAUUUAUGAAGGAUGGAAUUAAGGCAAAUGAUCAAUGGAUUUUUCGAACUAUAAGGAGACUUAUCAGAAGAAAAAAUAGUUAGAGUUAAUAAAUGUUUUGCACAGAACUCUACAAGGUAGUAGUUCUGACUCUAUUUACACAAAUAUCUUAAUACACUGAAAUUGUUGGACAUAUAAUUUGAAUUUCUAAUUAAUAACACACUGAGUAUUAUUAAAGCUUGUACGUGAUGCACUUGAUAAAAGUUCAAAAGAACUAUUUGUGCUAAAAAUUUGUAAUUUAUGCUGCUCUUAAAUUAUGAUUAUAUAUAAAAAGUACUAUAUUUUUCCAAAGAUGCAUUAGAGAAUUUUUGUUAUUGAUGAAAGGUUAUUUAUUUAUCAUUUGUUGUCGUAUAUGCUAAAAUGAAUAUUUGAUAUUUAUAUUAUUAUUUAUAUUAUAUAUAUAUUAUUAGCUAACACUGUGUGUAUUGUUUUUAAUUUUGCACAUUUAUACAAAUAAAUUUUUUUCUAUGUUCUAAGAUAAUUGAAAGAUUUUAUGGGUUAAAAAUUGUCUUCAUGUAACUGAAAUAAUAGCAUAGAAUAAAAUUUCAGCAUUAGUUAAUCCUUUCAUAACUAUAACAAAAAAUUAUUCUACAGAUGCCAAGAUAACUGAAUUGCAUUUACUAUAGUUUAUUUUACAUGGAAAUUAAUGUUUGAUAAAAAGUAAUGUAUGACAAUUGUAUGUAAAAAAGACCAAAAUAACUAUCUCAACUGAUAUAAAAAUAUAAAUAUAUAUAAAUUGCUUAAAAAAAGGGACAGUUUUUAAAAUGUUAAUAAAACCUUAGUUGUGAAUUAAUUAAAUGUUAUUUAUGUUAUUAAAUUACGAUAUUUAAUAUUUCAUUUUUUUAAAUAUUUUAUCUAGAUAAAAGUAUGGCCUCAAAUAAAUAUAUAAUUAUAAUAAGUUAUUAAUAAUUAUUGUAUAUUUACAUAUGUUAUGAUUAUAUAUAAUUGAAAUAAUAUAAUUAUUAUUAACUUAUAAAUGUAUAUAAUAUUAUGAAAUGAAAUGUGUUUAAUGAAGACAAUCUGUCCACUUCAAAAAGUGUGAUUUUACUAUUAUGUAAAUUCAAUAAACAGUCAUAUAUCUGCAACUUUUUGUAUAUAUACAAUGCUGUAAUAAAUCUUUAGUUAAUAAGAAAAUUAAUUAUUUUAUAUAUUAAAAUAUGUUCUAUAUAUUUAUUAAAUCAUUGUCAAGUUCUAAA